GCUGUCUUUGUUGUCUUCAACAUGGCAACACGCUCCCCACUUGGCACCAUUCAAGUUGUCUUUUGUUUAGAAGCUCGACUCGAUUUUCGCACUCUUCUGCGAAAUGGGGAGGGGGUGGAUAACAUGCCGGUCUCCAACUGGCGAUCACAGUUUAAAUAUUUACCCGGACACACGAUCUCUAACCGAGCUGAAUUUCUGUAAAUUUCAUCAGGCUUCCAAGUCGCCAUGAGUCCCCGUCCCCGAGAGGUCCUUGAGGAAACAGAACUAUCGGUGGAAUCGUCCACCUGCUACUUACGAAAAUCUGGAAAGGAUUCUGCGGACAACUGUUGGAUCGAUGGUCAACUGGUUACGGACUCUUCGGACGCAUCGCAUCAAUUUCCGUCCGACGAGGAGCCCAAUAUUCUGGGGCAUGGACCCAACUAUGACGAGAAGUUGUCCAAAUUCAAAUGGCUCUGCAAUUUCGAUGAUGCCCCCAGUCACUUGAAGUUCAACCCUUAUAUCCGCCGAGGUUACCGCACAUUCCUAUCCAACAAGCUGUGCUUGCAGAGCAUUUUUUGGUGGACCAAUGAGACGAUCAAUAUCUGGAGCCAUUUGGCCGGGUGUAUCCUGUUCAUUGGCUUGACGAUCUUCGACCUUCAAUUCCUGCGCCUCCACGCCUCCUUGAGCGACCAGAUCCUGGUGGUCUGUCUGCUGGUUUGCUUCUGCCUCUGCAUGCUGAUGUCCGCCAUAUACCACAUAUUCUCCUGCAAAUCGGAGGAGCAUUAUGAGUUAUUCCUAUCCGUGGACUUCCUGGGCAUCUCGCUGUCGCUGGUGGCCAUCUAUAUCAGUGGAAUGUACUACGCCUUCUGGUGCCACACCUUCCUGCGCACCCUGUACUCCACGAUUGCCCUGGGCAUGUUCGCCCUGGCCAUUGCCGUGCAGAUUCCCCGGCUGAAUGUGUCCAUGAACGCCAAGGUGUCGGUGCUGCUGCUGUGGUCCGCCUACGGGAUUAUUCCGCUGGGCCACUGGGCGGUGGCCAUGGGCGGCCUGGAGAACGAGCUAGUCAGGCUGAUGGUGCCCCGUAUCGUGGUAAUGUACUUGCUCUGCCUCGUCGCCUUCGUUUUCUACGCGGCCAAAAUCCCGGAGCGCUGGUUCACCGGCAAGGUGGACUUUGUGGGACACUCGCACAACUGGUGGCACCUGAUCAUUGUGGCGGCCUUCUACCACUGGCACAACACCGGACUGGUCUAUGCCGAAUAUCGCCUGAAUAACGGCUGCAGUGCCCCCGUUCUCGCCUGAGAUUUGAGAUCGUAAAUCCAAGAUCCGAGGAGCGGAAAUGGCAGCGAAAACGGAAAUGGGACUCUAGUAGACUCUAGCCUAGUGUAAAUAGUUUAUGGGGCGCGCUUUAUCCGCUAAUAACUAAUAUUUAGUUGUAGUUGUUGACCGAUAUGAUUAAUUUAUGUGUAACUUACCGAUUAGUUAGGGUUUCGUGUUAUGUUAGUCAAUCCAAAGAGUUGGCUUCGCACGAGCGGAAUGAUGGUUUCUCUCUUUACUUCCUAAUUCAUUUCAUUUUAAAAUACAAUGUCUUUGAAAUUGCAUGUGUCUUGAGCUGAAGCUGUGUUAGUCUUGUUGACUCGAUUUUUACAAAUACUUUAAAUGCAAAUAUAAUAUGAAAAGUACAAAACAA